AAAAGAUGUUGACAAAACGGCUAAAUGUACACAAAAGUUUAUUUUGAUCUUAAAUAAUAAUUGAUAAGCGAAAAACUAAAGAUGUCUGCGUUUAGACAAUUAAAAGAAGUGAGCAAUGACUUCGAACAACAGCUACGAAGUGUUACAACGCAAUUAUUUUCCGCGGAAAUCGGAGAAGCUUUUGAAGAUGACUUGUCGAAGAGAUUGCAAGAUUUAAAGUUUUUUAGGUCUAAAUUAAGACUUUUGGCAGCAAAACCACUAGCAGCCCUCCCACAGGUAACAGAGCAUCAGAAAUCAGAACAAACAGUCAAGGAAUACGGUGAACUAGCAGAAUCCAAAGUUCUGGAACAAGUUAUAGUAAAGUCUUUAACACAAAGUCAUGCUGUCACAGCUUUGUUAAAAACUCCAGACAAGAAUUUGGACCCAGAAAUGGUUGAACGGAAACAAAAAAUCAUCGCCAGCCUAAAAGCCUACCGUGACAAAGAGACAGAGCUACGUUACUUACAAAUGGUAGAAGCUGAGAAGAGAGCUGAGUUAGACGCGGUCAGAAAACAGUGGGACCAGGAGCUGACCGAGUUGAGAGUACUCAGAGAAGACGGCAACAGACUGGAAGAGUGUGAUGUUACUACACCUCUGUACAAAAGGCUCCGUGGUUUAGUGAAUAAGCUGGAACUGAUGCGGACCCUGCUGGCGCGGCUGGUGACAUCUCGCGGGCGCCGCGACUGGCUGGCCGAGCCCGCCCGCACCGCGCGGCUGCUCGCGUUAACGAGGACACCAUGCAGCCUGCACUCUUUCUUACAUCAAUAAAGAAUUUUCUUCUA